AUGAGCUGUUGUCGUAAAAUAUUGCUGAACAAAAGCUGGUGGAUAAAUUCUUCUUCUAUUCGCUAUGCACACACAAAUGAUGGAACGUUACCAAUGAAAAAGUUAAAUAUUACAUCAUACGCACCGGUUCAAUAUCGUCAUGAAAUUCUCUCGGAACUUGGAGCAAUUGUGACACGUUGUGGUGGUUAUGUCAACGAUUACAAUUUUUUUUCGGAUUUAGCUGUUAGCCUUCAAAUCUUAGGUCUUCGACAACCCGAUUCAUUAACUGAAUUUUAUCAACAGCUAACACUAAACAUGAAAACCUUACGACUGGAUACACAAACUAUUCAUAUAUUAGAUAAUCAGUCGAAAAGUACUGAUCAAUAUUUGUUAUUUAUUCUUUUUCAAAUAUUGUUUAUUGAUGCUAAAGACGAUCUACGACAAAAUGUACCUACUGUACAGAAUUGA